CAAGCGAAGAUAAAUUUGAUAUUUCUGACUUAUGUUUUGCAAGUAAUACUGAGCCAAAUAUGUUUGAUGAAAGUUUUAAUGGGCAACCACAAAUAAUAGAAGAAACUAAUGAUUUAACUGCACCUAAAACUGAAACUAAUGAAUUCACUGAUUCAGAGGAAGAAUUAUAUCCCUUAACAAAAGAACAAAGCUUUAUAGAUUAG